AUGAGCCAGCAGCCGGCGGUGAAGAUGUCGUCGGCUCCCCUCACGGCGGAGGCACUGGAGCCGGCGGCGGGGAUGCUUGAGGGCCGCCAGAGGAAGCUGGAGUCCAUGAUCCGCGACCCGCGCUCCCCGGUCAACGUGGAGAGCCUGCUGGAUGGCUUGAAUUCUUUGGUCCUUGAUCUGGAUUAUCCAGCGCUGAGGAAGAACAAGAACAUUGAUAACUUCCUAAAUAGAUAUGAGAAGAUUGUGGAAAAAAUACGAGCUUUACAGAUGAAAGCUGAAGACUAUGAUGUUGUCAAGGUGAUUGGAAGAGGGGCUUUUGGAGAAGUGCAGCUGGUUCGCCAUAAAAUGACACAGAAGGUUUAUGCAAUGAAGCUACUUAGUAAAUUUGAAAUGAUCAAGAGAUCAGAUUCAGCCUUUUUCUGGGAAGAAAGAGAUAUCAUGGCCUUCGCCAACAGUCCGUGGGUCGUUCAGCUAUUUUGUGCCUUUCAAGAUGACAAAUACUUGUACAUGGUGAUGGAAUACAUGCCAGGAGGAGAUCUUGUAAACCUUAUGAGCAAUUAUGAUGUGCCUGAGAAAUGGGCCAAGUUCUAUACAGCCGAAGUUGUUCUUGCUCUUGAUGCGAUUCACUCCAUGGGCUUGAUACACAGAGAUGUGAAGCCUGACAAUAUGCUUUUAGAUAAACAUGGGCAUCUGAAGCUGGCAGAUUUUGGCACGUGCAUGAAAAUGGAUGAAACAGGCAUGGUGCGCUGCGAUACAGCCGUGGGAACCCCUGACUACAUAUCGCCCGAGGUUUUGAAAUCGCAAGGGGGUGAUGGUUAUUAUGGACGGGAAUGUGACUGGUGGUCUGUAGGAGUUUUCCUUUUUGAGAUGCUGGUUGGCGAUACUCCUUUUUAUGCAGACUCGCUAGUAGGAACAUACAGUAAAAUUAUGGAUCAUAAGAACUCGUUACAUUUCCCAGAUGAUGUGGAAAUCUCUAAGCAUGCAAAGAACCUUAUCUGUGCCUUUUUAACUGAUAGGGAUGUGCGACUUGGGAGAAAUGGGGUAGAAGAAAUAAAGCAUCACCCUUUCUUCAAGAGCGAUCAGUGGAACUGGGACAACAUUCGAGAGACUGCUGCUCCUGUUGUUCCUGAGCUUAGCAGUGAUAUAGAUAGCAGUAAUUUUGAUGACAUUGAGGACGACAAGGGAGACGUGGAAACCUUUCCAAUCCCCAAAGCCUUCGUGGGAAACCAGCUGCCUUUUAUAGGAUUUACAUACUAUAGAGACAAUUUGUUGCUAAGUGACUUCUCUCAGUCUUGCAGAGAAAAUGAAUCUGUGCAAUCUAGUAAAAAUGAGUUUCAGAAAAAACUAAGCAAGCUAGAAGAGCAGCUCAGUAACGAAUUACAAGCCAAAGAUGAACUAGAACAGAAGUACAGGUCUACUAAUACUCGUUUAGAGAAGAUAGUGAAAGAGCUAGAUGAAGAGAUAACUUCAAGGAAGAAUGUAGAGUCUGCAGUCAGACAGUUAGAAAGAGAGAAGGCUCUUCUUCAGCAUAAGAAUACAGAGUACCAGAGAAAAGCAGAACAUGAGGCAGAUAAGAAACGCAAUUUGGAAAACGAGGUUAACAGUUUGAAAGACCAGCUUGAAGAUCUAAAAAAGAGGAAUCAGAACUCUCAAAUAUCCAAUGAGAAAAUCAAUCAACUACAAAGACAGUUGGAUGAAGCCAAUUCUUUGCUGCGGUCAGAGUCAGAUACUGCAGCCAGGUUAAGGAAGAACCAGACGGAAAGCACGAAGCAAAUCCAGCAGCUGGAAGCUAAUAAUAGAGAGCUACAAGAUAAGAACUGCCUGCUAGAGAACGCGAAACUCAAACUGGAGAAGGACUUUCUCAAUCUUCAGUCAGCUCUAGAAUCAGAAAGGAGAGAUCGAAGUCAUGGAUCAGAGAUUAUCAGUGAUUUACAAGGUCGAAUAUCUAGCCUCGAGGAAGAAGUAAAAAAUGGAAAGAGUGCAUUAGCCAAACUGGAAAUGGAGAAGAGACAAUUGCAGGAGAAAAUUACAGAUCUAGAAAAGGAAAAGAGCAACAUGGAAAUAGAUAUGACGUAUAAAUUCAAAGUUAUGCAGCAGAACCUUGAACAAGAAGAAGCUGAACAUAAAGCCACAAAAGCAAGAUUAGCAGACAAAAAUAAGAUCUAUGAAUCUAUAGAGGAAGCAAAAUCUGAAGCCAUGAAAGAAAUGGAAAAGAAACUUUUGGAAGAGAGGGCUUUGAAGCAAAAAGUAGAAAAUCGGUUGUUAGAAGCUGAAAAGCAGCGCUCCAUGUUGGACUGUGAUCUCAAACAAUCACAACAGAAAAUCAAUGAGCUCCUUCGGCAAAAGGAUAUCCUAAAUGAAGAUGUAAAAAACCUGACAUUAAAAAUAGAGCAAGAAACACAAAAGCGCUGUCUCACUCAAAAUGACCUCAAGAUGCAAACGCAGCAGGUCAACACCCUGAAAAUGUCAGAGAAGCAGUUAAAACAGGAGAAUAACCAUCUACAGGAAAUCAAGUUAAGCCUGGAAAAACAAAAUAACGAGCUCCGCAAGGAACGUCAAGAUGCAGAUGGACAAAUGAAAGAGCUUCAAGACCAACUUGAGGCUGAACAGUAUUUCUCAACUCUGUACAAGACGCAAGUUCGAGAACUUAAAGAAGAAUGUGAGGAAAAGACCAAACUUUGUAAAGAAAUGCAGCAAAAGAUACAAGAGUUACAGGAUGAGAGAGAUUCCUUGGCUGCUCAGCUAGAGAUUACUUUGACAAAAGCAGAUUCGGAACAACUUGCACGUUCCAUCGCUGAAGAACAGUACUCCGAUUUGGAAAAAGAGAAGAUUAUGAAAGAGCUGGAGAUUAAAGAGAUGAUGGCUAGGCAUAAACAGGAGCUGACUGAGAAAGAUGCCACCAUAGCCUCUUUGGAGGAAGCAAAUAGGACACUAACUAGUGAUGUGGCUAAUCUUGCUAACGAGAAAGAAGAACUAAACAAUAAACUGAAGGAAGUACAAGAACAAAUUACAAAGCUAAAAGAAGAAGAAGCAAAUGUAGGAAAUAUUAAAGCACAAUUUGAGAAACAGUUGUUGAAUGAAAGAACAUUGAAAACCCAGGCUGUGAAUAAACUCGCUGAGAUCAUGAAUCGGAAGGGUCCAGUCAAACGUGGAGCUGACACUGAUGUACGGCGGAAGGAAAAGGAAAAUAGGAAACUGCAUAUGGAACUGAAGUCUGAACGAGAAAAGUUAACCCAAAUGAUGAUCAAAUAUCAGAAGGAAAUAAAUGAAAUGCAGGCGCAAAUAGCAGAAGAGAGUCAGAUACGGAUUGAACUCCAGAUGACUCUGGACAGCAAAGACAGUGACAUUGAACAGCUUCGUUCACAGCUACAGUCAUUACACAUUGGUCUAGACAACAGUAGCAUAGGCAGUGGACCUGGAGAUGCUGAAGCAGAUGAUGGCUUCCCUGAAUCAAGAUUGGAAGGCUGGCUAUCACUGCCUGUUAGAAACAACACUAAAAAAUUUGGAUGGGUUAAGAAGUAUGUAAUUGUAAGCAGUAAGAAGAUCCUGUUCUAUGACAGCGAACAAGAUAAAGAGCAAUCUAAUCCCUACAUGGUAUUAGAUAUAGACAAACUCUUCCAUGUCCGACCAGUCACUCAGACGGAUGUGUACAGAGCAGAUUCCAAGGAGAUUCCUAGGAUAUUCCAGAUUCUAUAUGCUAAUGAAGGAGAGAGCAAAAAGGAACAGGAAUUUCCCGUGGAGCCCAUGGGAGAGAAGUCAAAUUACAUUUGUCACAAAGGACAUGAGUUUAUACCUACUCUUUAUCACUUCCCAACCAAUUGUGAAGCUUGUAUGAAGCCACUGUGGCAUAUGUUUAAACCUCCUCCUGCUCUAGAAUGUCGCCGUUGCCAUAUCAAAUGUCACAAAGAUCACAUGGAUAAAAAAGAAGAGAUUAUAGCACCUUGCAAAGUGUACUAUGAUAUUUCAACGGCAAAGAAUCUACUACUGUUAGCUAAUUCUACGGAAGAACAGCAAAAAUGGGUGAGCCGACUCGUGAAAAAAAUACCCAAGAAGCCUCCAGCACCAGACCCCUUUGCUCGAUCUUCUCCCAGAACUUCCAUGAAGGUACAGCCAAACCAGUCCAUCAGACGACCAAGUCGACAGCUUCCUCCAAACAAACCAAGAUUGCUUGAUCUGGCAUUUAAGGACUGGGAUUGGUCAUUUGAUGAUGUUGAUGAUAUUGAUGGUGAUGAUGAUGACGAUGACGAUGUUUUUGAUUUCUGAAGAAGUAUAAGGGCUAACUGCUUUCCGUGAAUGCAGACACAAUUCAAGGUGAUAAUUUUCUUCCCGUUACAGCAAGACUGAAACAUAUCCCAAAAUAUAUUAAAAAUAUAUAUUUUCCUGAGAGAUUGUGCUAUAUAUAUCAGAGGUUUACAUUUUUGCUGCAAUAUAAAUUACUAAUCUCUGAGGGUUUUCCUGUAUUCUCCUGCGUGACUGAUCAAAUGAGGAAUGGUUGGUAAAUAGUAAAAGGAUAUGUUAGGUAACCUUUUAAACUCUGUUCCACAAAAGCUUUCUUGGCGAGACACACACACACUACAUUUCAUAAAAGGAUCGAGAGGAAUGAGUAUUAAAAUGGAAGAAACUGACUUUUCAGCUUUCAUAAAGAUGCCACCAGCAUGUCUGCAAGAAGAGGAGGAGGAAGAUCCACCAUAGUGAUAUAGACUGCAUCUGUAAGAAGUGACCAUUAUACUGUGUAUAUAUAUUGUACUGUAAUACUGCAAGAGGGUUUUAAAAAUCUUUCCACUUUAUUUUUUUAUGCUUAUUAAUCAGAUACCGUUACUUAUUGCAGUUGCAACUAUGCACUUGUAUAAAGCCAUAAUGUUGAAGUUUAUAUCAUUCAUACACGUCUAUCAAAAGCUGCAUGUCAGUGUCAGCAGCUAGUAUCAGUUUGAAGUAUGUACUAGUUUCAGCUACGUCAUCAUGGGCAGUCCUCUUUUACCUGUCUAAUUGCCUUAAUUUAAUUUUUUUUCAAGUUUUUUUUUGCCCAUUCUCUCUAUUUAAGGAAAAAAGAAGGUUUACCAGCUCUUAGGAUGCAAUUUUGCUUUGUGGCAGAAAAAAAAAUAGUGCACUAUUUUUACACCUAGUAAGUAUAUCAAUGUCAGCCUAUUUUGAAUGUAUAUCGACUGGUUUUAAGGGUGGAGAAGUGUUGGUUACAGAAACAACGUCGGAACCCAUUGGAAUUACUAGACCAUUUGCUUGUACAUGUAACUGCUCGUCCAGCCCUUUUUACAAACCUCAAUAUUAGUUAUUGACUUGUAUUAACCCUCAUUAAGUGCUAUGAAACUUCGUUUUGCCUUGUUUUUGCAUAUUCUCCUAGAUGUGUUUUUUAUUUCUGGGAAGAAAAAAAAAAAAAAAAAAAGAAUCUGUGACUCUUUUUACAUUUCACAACACAAUAUCCAAGGACUGUCACAAACGUUAAGAAAAUUAAACAUACUGUAGAUGUAUUUUAAAAUUUUAAAUCUGGUUCUCUAGCACAUAGCUGUAGGCAUAGAUAAAUAUCUCAGUAGUGUGUUUUGAGAACUGAUAGCUGGGAAGAAAGGGCCUCAGAGGCACUUAAUCUGACUUUUUUUUAAACUUGGAAUUGUACAAAAAAUAUAAUUUAUGUGGGCUCAUUCAUGAUGUGUUCAUAAUUAUCCCAGAAAAUGCAUGUUUUAUACAACUACAGUAUGCGAUGUUAAACAUAUUGACAGUAAAAAAUGUAGUCUCCUAUUUGGUCUCUUUAUAUAUAUAAAUAUAUAUAUAUAUUUAAAAUAUAUAUAUAUAAAAAAUAUUGUGUGGGAGUGCAGUAAUUUAAAAUAUGAUCUAACACUUCAAUGAAGGAGGACAUUUCACUUUAAAAUUUUGUUUGUUUGUUUUUGUUUUUUAAAGAGUGUUGAAAUGUUUGGAAGGAUAGGACCAUGAUUUAUUUAACACUAUCAUGAAAGGUGGACUUGGAAACACUGAAAUACUGAAAAUGAAUGAAUAUAUUUACAUUUUGUAACCUCUACUACAGUUCAGCUUAACAGAGCCAGAAUGUAUUCAGUCUUCUAUUUAUGCACUCGCAAAGUAAAAUGUUGUUUGUGAGUUCUUAAAUUCGAAACAAAAACUCUCAUAUCGUUUCUGUGAGGUAUUAUAACCCGGCGCACAGCUACAGUGUUUUUUUUCCCUGCUUGUUUUGAUUUACAGAAGUACGGUAUAUUUUUAGGUAAUGCAGAUUUGCAUAAGAGUACAACAUUAAAAAUGUAUACAGUAAAACUGUUUCCAUUCACUGAAUGCAUAAAUAUUUUAUAUAUAUAUAUAAAACAAAUGUUACAUUGUGGGAAGUUCUAUCCUUUUCGGAAUUGGAGAAUAUUAUAUAUAUAUUUUUAAAUAAACUAUUUGAGUAAGGUAAAAUAGUUCCUGAACUUGAGAAGCUGGUAAUUAAUUGAAAUAUUUAAAUACGUAGGCAACUACUGCGGCAGAUAUGGGAAAGGCAAGGGUUGCUCAGGAGGAAGCCGAGCGAAGGCUGCGUGCGGAGGAAGGGCAGACUGCGAGGGAGCCGUUCUGGCAGGCCAUCAGUGCUGGGGCUGGACCUGGUGCGCUCCCUCUCCUCGGCUUGUCCUCGUUUACUGGGAAUGCCUGGGGCCCUGGUAAGCCUGACAUUUUAGGAAAGGUACUGUAUUAUAGUAUUUACACUAGCCACAGUUGAUACAUUCGAUACUUGCAGAAAUAGUCAUUAGCUAUGCGUACAGCAGGCCGUGUUGAGACGCUAUCGUAGAACGAUAUGGGCUGGCAGGGAGCACUGGAGGUCCUCUGGUCUGACCUCUACCUCAAAGCAGGGCCAACUUGGCAUGGGUUCCUCAAGGCUCUUGAGGUUUCAGUGCUUCUAGGGAUGGAAGUGUCAGUUCUCCUUCAUGCAGUUCGUCCCAAAAGAAAGGAACGGUGUGGGCUGUGUUGAGCUGUAACGUGGAGAUCGUUUGGCCAAUGGUAUGAUGUGCAGGAGCCUUGUUUUGUACCCAGGACGCAAAAGGCAAAGCUGCCCUUCUCACUUGUCCUUCUGCUGGAGACAGACCUUCCAUCUUCUGAUCUGUGAAUGCAAAGAACUCUCAAAUGUUUGUUCCGGGAGACUGUGGUGUUUCCUUAUGGUCCAGUGGUAACCUUUUAAAAUUUUUUAAAGAAGAGCAUAUUCCUGAACUAAGGAAUAGUUGUCUGAAAGUCACUGAUGUUUAAACGCUUCUUUUUGUAACAGGGCUGUCCCAGCAAACAGGACGUUGUUAUGGCCUGGGUGACUUUAUCUAUAGAAAUUCUCUCAUUGCAAGUCCUUUUGUUUGGCAAAAGUAAACAAAUAGCAUAGCCAAGUUGCAAAUUAACCUCAUGGAAGAAUCGGGGGUCAGACCUGGAGCCAGAAGCUUCUUUACACUUGUAAGGAAGUUCCUCUUUGGUUCCUGUCCAAGAGCUCACCAGUACGGAAGCUGGAUAGGAAGACCCCAUCGGAGUUAACGUGUCAGAUGUCACAAAGACCUUUCUGAAAGGAGAUUUCCACUUCUGUCCUAGUUGCGUGCUGCAGUUUCCUACUUCUAGUGGUUCCUGCCAAAGCUCAGCCCCUCUCAGCGCUGCCAGCGAUCCAGCACCAAGUCUGAAGGAAACACCGUGGUUCUUGUGCAUGGCUGAUGCUGUAACCAAAAUGUCCCAUGGACCAUAGUACCACAUAGGACUUGGAAAUGUCCAAGAAGCUGAAGGAUCUUGGCAGUCAGUGACAGUGGCCAAAUUGAAAACAUCACUGAAGUUUCACUGCACGUGACUAAGUAUCUUGCUACCUCUGAUGAAGACUCUGAACCUCCUACAUUUUGGACAGGCGUUCAGUGGCGUGCUCAAGUCUCCAAGGCCAGGAAGGCAGCCACUAGAGAUGAUGUGCUUUCUCUCUUUAGUUUCUCAGGCAACGUCAGAUGGUCAUUAGAAUACUGAGCAUUUAUGUUUAUAAUCUUACAAUUUAUGAGUUUCCCAUCUAGCUUUCAGAGAGUUAUCCUUGGAAGAGGAUUUAUAUUUUUUGGUCUCAAGUGCCUUCACCCAUCCUGUGCUUGUAAGGUCAUAUUUUGGAUGCUGCUGCGAAAAGGGGGAACUUGUAUGAAAAUAAACUUCUUACUGCAUAGUUCUUACAGACCCUCACCACCUCCUUAUUCUGUUUCUAAGGCAGGAGAACAUAAUGGUCCAGUUCAGGGAUCUGGAGUAUUUCUGUCUCCUCCGUAUUCCUGGAUAGUUUUCCUCUGCAUUCAUGUUAAAAUAGUGGUUCAUUUGUUUUUUCGGUGGACUACAGUAGAUCUUCAGAAUAUUUUGUGGACUGCCAUAUGUGCACAUACUACGCUUUAGGUUGAAAACAAUAUCUGUUAUAUGACAAUUCUAUAAGCCAGGUAAGGGAUUAUCAGCAUCCCAUGGAUCAUGGGGUUUUGCCUGCUGCUUUGAAGUAUCCCUCAUGAGGGUGGGAAGGAGCUGUAUUUUGAUCUCUGUAAAAGAUGUUGAUGGAGCAGUUCUGAAACUAAUUCAUGUUCUGUGUUGAAGUUGCCUGUAAAGUGGACAAUGAUGUACUAAGACACGCUCAUCUGAGAAAUGAGACAUCAUUGUAUGUCGCAGAAAAGAACACUGCGUUCUAAACACAUCAAAUCUAGUUCUCCCCAGAAACUACUGCAACGAGUGGAAAAGCUCACCAUAAAACCAUUGCUCCAAGAAGUGGAGACUCGGAGGAACUGUAAUUUGUUAGCACAGGGAUGCCAAUUACCAGGCCUUGUUAUGAAUAUCGGGGUUGUGAAUCUUUGCCCCUUUGCAGGCAGGAGACAUUGUUUUAUGAGAAAGUCAAGUGACUCCCUGAUACUUGCCAUUGCAAGUGUGCAGCUAGAUUUGACCACUGCUGCUUUUGCUCCAGCCAUUUUACAGAAGCUCCGGGAUUAAAGGGAUCUUUCAAAAUGAAAGUCACGGGCAAAGGUACCAAAAUGACAAAGUUACAAGUGUAUGUAGUCCUGCAUACCUGAAAGAAAUCUGGAAAGAAAGGGCAGAGAGCGAGGCGGCUGCAAGUCCCUGCAGCCCUUUCUUGGGUUGCUUGGAGGAGCUGUGUAGAAACGUUUUCACAGCCAAGGCGGCUGCAUGCGUUGCUUCACUCGGAUCACCCCAUUUUGAGGUCUAGGUCUUCGACAUCUGUUCAGAGAUGUGAGCCCCCUUGUAGGUAUAGUCUUAUGUCCCAGUGCAGCUCUUGGGUCAUCCAGUUCUUCUUAUCACUUGUCAUUACCCUUGCUAGCACUUGGGGAUCUUUAUUUGCCCAAGGAUGCUGUUGCACCACUUGGUACACGUGGCCACCCAACAGGAAGUACGUCAGGCUUGCGGGAUCAUUGCCGAGCCGCCUCUUUUCCUUUGGAUUCCCAACUGCUUAGACUUAAGGCACUAAAUUGGCACUAAUCAGGCACCGACCUUGGUGUACUGGGGGCCAACUGAGAUUCAGUUGGAUCUGUGUCACCGCUUGCCCGCUCUGGGGUGAUGUUGAGUUUGAUGAAUACAAUAAGGGAGCUCCCCUGUGUGCGUCCUGUACCAGUGAGAGCUACGGCGAUGGGAGUUUUAUUACUGGGAAGGUGGGCAUACGUGCAAGCUUAAAACAAAUACCACCAAUGAGAGAGGAAAAUAUCUUUGACGACUCCUCAUGGAGGAGUCGUGCUGAUGGUGCAUUUCAGGAAAAAAUAAUUUAAAAUCCUUCAAGUCACUGUCUCGGAAGUCAGCUCAGUGUAAUCUGUGUAUAGUCCAUUGCUCAAAGGCAAAAGAAUUUAUUUACAGUAAUUGGGUAACUUAAAGUAUGCUUUACACAAACUCAAUUUGUGCUUCAUUAGAUUCCCGACUGCCUGAUUUAUGUGGCUGAGGGGACAGUGAGGCACAGGAAACGUGUUCUUCCAUUUACGCUUUUCGUACAGUUUGAGACCGGUCAGCGCCUUGGUACGGGCUGGCCAAAGCCCCCAAGUUCAAACGCAGAAGCCAUGUACAUCCCAGAGCAGGCAUCCGCACAGAUGACUUGUAAUUACAGUAAGGUGGUAAGUAGAAUUUGUUUUCAUCAUGGAGCCGUGUUACUAUUCAAUUUGAAUCAUAAUCGUUAUCAGCUGGCUUCUCUUGUCACAUUUUAGGCUGGCGCAGGUUCUCUCCUUUAGCUUCCCGAAUCUUGACAGAUAAACCAAGGCGUCUGCCCUCUUAAAGCUGCUUUCCUGGGAAUGGGUAAUUCCACAUAAUUUACGGAAGUAUUUGUUCAGGCUACUGACAAUUUAAGACAGUUGUAAUGAGGCGAAAUAACAAAACGGGGCAUGAAAAAAAUUAUGACAAAUAUUUAAGUUGUCCUUAAGGUAUCCCCAAUUAAAUUUCAUCAAGUGUAUCACGUAGUGUAAAAAACCUCUUGUUUUAGCCCCAGUCCAAAGACGAUUUUUUCCAAGGCAGUGACGGUGCUUGCUCCAAACCACUUCCAAGGGGGAAUGGAACAAUUGAUACCUUUAGCUUGAAGGUGUCUUGAUCUUGCCAUCGGGCAGGAAACACCUGAGGUCCAUCAGGACUCGGGUCUGUGAGACUGACAAGGUCUUGCGGUUGGACCCAUCACCAGCAAUGAGCUGGCAGGUCCUUACCCUGAUGUUUAUUGUGGCUCCCAGACACCUAUUUGACGCCAAGAUCCAUCCUCUCUGAGAGCUCUUAAGUAUCUUGGAGAACUCUUGCUCAAAAUCAAGCAAAUUAAAUUCAGUACACACCAAGAAUUUAGUAACAUCCUAUUUUAAGGGUUUUUUUCAGCUUCCUCGCAUUCCAGACUGGGACAUCCUUCGACCUUUAUUAGCGAUGAAGGCAACGUUUCAUGCUCUGCUUCGUACAUAAAUACCACUCUCAAGUAUCAAAGAAUCUGGAAGGGAAUAGAAUAAACCAGCCUGGAAAGAAUUAGCAGGGAAAUAAUCGUUAAUUCACCAUCAUAGAAAAUACAUGGCUGGGAAACUACCUCAUUUGAGUUGAUCUCCACAUCUGUGUAGCUUUUCUUUUUGUGGGCUCUGAGAUGUUAUUUCUUUUUUUUUUUUUCCCCCCACCCCGCUGUAUUGCGUAUGUCCUUCAAUGGAUAAUGAUGGUUUGGUGGGGGAAGAGUAAUUUUACCUCAUUUAAAGAAGUGAACGAAGGCCUCCUACAAGUUGUAAGCUCUUUGGGACCUUUGGGCUAAUUGUGAAUGACUUUCUCCAAAGAGUCAAAGCACUUUAAAACCCGGCUUUGAGCUCUAGCGGUUGAGGGAACUUCCCCCCUGGCUCCUUGCUCCCCUGUUUCACUAGAGCAGACCAGCUGGGUUAGGGAGAAGCUUCGUGCCCAGCAGACGAGGACAGGCAGCUCUGAGCAGUCCAAGCGAUAAAAUCUUUUGCUGGGUUGGAGCACACGAAGGCACACGUCUGCGUCUGCGUAGUUGUGCUCUGCACAAAACACGAAGGGUUAUGCAGACCCGUAGGGUGGGGGAGACGGUGGGUCUGCAUUUGCGUACGACUUUCCUGUUCACUGGGGGCAGUUCAGAAACAGGCUUUUGGGGAAAGAAAAGUAAACUAGACGCAUCUUCCACUUCCCACAUCCUCACUUCCAGACCUGCCACCUGCUGUCUCUGGAAUCGUGUCCCCAUUGUGGGGGAGAUAGCACGUCUCAUGAUAAAUGUUGCCUCUUCCGUACUGUUAAACUGAGCUCUGGCCAGGCGCAGCUUGUAGCUUAUCUGUUACCAAACGCACAGUUCAUCGUCUCCCUAGCUGGAGAGGUUUGGGGUUAUUCAGAUCUUGUCUUUUUGCAGCCAAGAAAACUCAUACUUUUUGAAAGCCCCGACAGGAUCCGCGCUUUAUCAUCCAGGACAGGAGGGGCUGUUUUGCCCCAUGAGCUUGCUGUGAGCUGGUGCAGUUAGACACUGUGUGUAAUUCCGCACGUCUAGAGGAUCGGUGAACAGAGGCGUGUUACUUCCAGCCCUGGGGAGAAAAGUUUUUCCCUGGUUUACGCACACGGCAACAAAUCCAAGAUGCAACAAUUCCAAGAUGCUGUCCCUGCCACCUUUGCUCCGCUGCCGUGUUCCGCCACAGACGGCUUGCUCAUCUCCUUCCUAGUACGGCCGAAUGACACGUUUAACAGGAUUUGUCCUCCCCAACUGUCCUGUCUGAAGCCAUCGCCUUUAAUCCAGCUGCUGAGAAGAUUAUGGGUUACCUGCUGGAAAACAACAGGGUCUGCGCUUCCACAGGGCUUGCCCAGGACUUGACCACGCUUCUGCCUUACAAAAGUGAAAUAAAUUAUUCAGGGGGGGAGGGCAAGAAAGUGUGUAAAAUUAUUUACUGCUAGUGAUUUGUUCCCUAUCUCCUGCAGCUUGAAUGAGAACUCACGGUCCAGCUUUCCAAGUCCACAAAAUUACUUUACCUUAAGCAUAAGCUUGUGAAUUGUCCAGUUUUAUUUCUUUUCCUCAGUCUUUUUUUUUUUCCACAAGUUUCUAAUAUGAUUUAUUCUAAGUAUAUUAAGUAACCUGUAAAAAACUUCUUACAUGCAUUUUAUGAUGAAAAAAACCAACUUGAACCGCAAACGGUGUCUUCAUUUUAGUACAGCAUCGCUCAGGACUAUGGAAGAUGUCCAUAACAGACAGGGUUUGGACUCUAUACAAAUCUUUAUCGAGAGGAGGCUUUAAUUAAAAAAACGAGAUGAGAAGGGUGUUUUUUUCAUUUAAGAUGCUGGAGGUCUUUAGCAUUUUACAGGUUAAUAUACAGCCUGACGCUUCAAAAAUUGAGGUGAAACCUGCCUAUUAAUGACCUGUAAUGAGUAUUUCAUUUCCUCUCCAUAGACGGAAACAGAAUAAAAAAAUGAAACGUAAGGAAAAUGAGCAUUAAGAAUGACAUUAAUCAGUCAUGAAGAACAGCAUUUAUUAAAAUGACCUGAAAAAUGCAUCACCUGCCACCAUUUAGACCACUUCAGGUACUUUACACAGCUCUAGUAACAUCAGUAACAGGAUGUUCACAGUUACUCGCAACCAACACAGCAACAUUUACAUAUUUUAUUGGAGCAGUAAAAAUUCCUCAUCUUUGGACUUGCUCUCAAUAAUGUGAGAUACAUGAAAUCGUAUGUCCCCAGACAUACC